AUGUGGAUUGUGGUGCGAAAGAGUGGUAACUCUGAGUUAUACAGAGAUAGCCAUGAGUUUAGUUCAUUUACAAGGAUUGAUUUGACGGAGUUUUCUCGACCUCCCUUUACCAAUCAAACAGACAAUCCGCAAGUAACUCAAUUCAAGCAUUUUCUUGAGGAACAAGUCAAAAGAGGGUUUCCUUCUAUGCCAACUGCUGAAUCUGUGAUUUUCGAACAUCCAGAUGUUAUUGAUCGCACAACCGAUAAACCAUUGCAAGUGGUGAUGUGGCAUGCGACCAAGCAGGUUAAACAAUUUCCGGUGCUUCAAGUUUAUCAGGACAGAUCUCUUGAUAUCUUUGAAGAUGGAAUUGAUGAGGAUCCUAUUUGCGGAAGUGCCUAUUGUGCCCUAGUAGCCUAUUGGAGCGACAAGUUGGGGAAAUUUGAUUUUCUUGCAUAUCAAGCUUCACCUAGAAGUGGCAUUUUAGAUAUACAUCUAGAUAAGAAGAAUCAAAGAGUACUUAUUCGAGGUAAAGCCAUCACAGUCAUGGAAGGCUCUUUUUUGGUCUAA